UCCAAGGAUGACGAUGACAAUGAUUAUGAGGACGAGAGCGGAGAUUCCGAGGAGGAUGUCGACAGGGAUGCCAGAGAAGACGACAACAAUGACAACGAUUCCGAGGAUGAGGACAAUGAUGAUUCCGAAAAUGAUAAUUCCAAUGACGAUUCAGAGGAUGAUGGCGAUUCUGAGGACGAUGAUUCCAAAUACGUUCAGUAUCACACAACAGCUCAGCAGACAACAACUUCCAGCGCAUCUACAACCCCUAAGCAGAAAGCCACAUCUAGUGCACCUACGACUACACAGCUUAUGUCAAUAUCCAGCACCUCCACAACAGCUCGCCAGGCAACCACAUCCAGCAAAUCAAUGACCACUAAGCAGACAUCCCCAUCAACCAAAACUCCAAUGACUCAGGAGACAACAACAUCUGCAUCUGCACAGCGACCAAGCACAUCCAGCGAUUCCAAGGAUGACUAUUCCGAAGAGGAUGACGACAAUGAUUCUGAGGAAGAUGAUGGCAAUUCUGAGGAGGAUGUCGAUGGCGAUACAGAGGAAGAUGACGACGACGACGACAAUUCCAAGAAAGACGAUUCCGAGGACGAUGACGAUUCCGAGGACGAUGACGAUUCCGAGGACGAUGACGAUUCCGAGGAUGAUGAUUCCAAUUACAUUCAGAAUUCCACAACCGUUCAGCAGGCAACAACUUCCAGCACAUCUACGACCACUAAGCAGACAACCGCAUCCACCAGAACUCUGAUUACUCAAGAGACAACUACAUCUGCAUCUACACCGCCACCAAGCACAUUCAACGUGUCAUUGACCACAAAGCAGAGAACCACAUUCCAUGGAUCUAGGACCACAAUGACCACAUCCAGAUCCGCCACUUGCACUGAACAGACAACCACAUCCAGUCCAUCUCAGAUUCAGUCAAGGACCACAUCCGGAUCCUUGAAUUCUCCUCAACAUUCAACCCAUGACUACACAGCUUAGGUCAACAUCCAGCGCCUCCACAACAGCUCGGCAGGCAACAAUGUCCAGUGAUUCUAUGACCACGAAGCAGACAUCCACACCCACCAGAACUCCAAUGACUCAGGACACGGCAUCUGCAUCUACACAGUGGACAAGCACAUCCAGCAAUUCCGAGGAGGAUGGAAACAGUGAUUCUGAGGAUGAUGAUGAUACUGAUUCCGAGGAUGAUGAAGAUUCUGAGGAUGGAGGCGAUUCCGAGGAUGAUGAUUCCAACUCCAAUGAGAAUUCCACAAAAGCUAAGCAAGCAACAACUUCCAGCGCAUUCACGACCAAUAUCAGACAAUUACAUCCACCAGAAAUCCGAUUACUCAAGAGACAGCCACAUCCGGAUGAUGACAAAGAUUCCAAGAAGGAUGCACGAUGAUUCUGAGAAUGAUGACAAUGAUGAUUCUGAAGACAAUAAUGACAAUGAUUCUGAGGUGAAUCCAACUACAAUGAGAAUUCCACAACAACUCAGCAACAACUUCCAGUGCAUCCAUGACCACUAAGUGUACAACCACAUCCACCAGAACUCUGACUACUCAAGAGACAAUGACAUCUGAAUCUACACUGCCACCAAGCACACCCAGUGUGUCCUUGACCACAAAGCAGAGAACUACAUUCACCGGAUCAAUGACCACAAUGUACACAUCCAGAUCCUCUACGUCUACUGAACAACCUUUUCCAAUGCAUCUCGGAUGACUCGGCCAAGGACCGUAUCUGGAUCUUUGACAUCCCCUCAACAGCCAACCACAUCCAAUGAUUCUACGACCCGUCAGUCAAAGACCACAUCCAGAUUCCCCGCAUCAGCAAGUCCGAGGAGGAUGGCCACGGCGAUUCUGAAGAGUAUGACGACAAGGACAAUGAUAACUCAGAGGACGAUGACAAUGACAGCAAUACCAAGGAGUAUGAUGAUGAUGAUUCUGAGGACGACGACAAUUCCAACCAGAAAGAGAAUUUCGCAACAUCUUCCAGUACAUCCACGACCACUAAGCAGAAAAUUACAUCCACCAGAACUUGGAUUACUCAAGAGACAACCACAAGUAGAUGGCGACGAUUCCGAUGAGGAUGAUGAUUAUUUCGAGAACGACGAUUCCCACUAAGAGGAGGAUUCCAAAGCGGGAUGAUGACUAUGAUGAUGACAAGCUGUACAAUCACAGUGGACCUUAGGGCUUGGGCAAUGAAGACUGAUGCUGACGAUUCCAUAACCAGCACCUCCAGUACACAUCUGUGGACCAGUGGGCCCCCCCAGCAUGUAGACUACCACCACAGAUCCAUCCACAGCUUCACUACGACUACAGAGGUCCUUCGUCCAACCUCUUGUAUCUCCUCACUGUCUCUUUGAAAUAAAGUACAGCUUUACAUCAGAUCCAGUUUGCUUAUUUCUCAUGUAGAACUUUUCUGCUUCCACAUAAAAUGGUCAACAUCUGGAGGUGAAAUAACUAGAUUUGGAAUGAUGAUUGACCAGCUGUCAGAGCAGACUUAAACUCUUCCCUCUAAAGCCCUUAAUGGUCCCAUCUGGUGUAAAUCCAUUUCUGUUGUAGUUCUUGAAUAAUAGGAGUCCAGCUUUGUGUAGCCCCGCCCACUCAAUGUGUCCAGGUGAACCAUCAGACUGAGUAGUUCCCUCUAACCUUCAGGUUUAUUUACUUCCUACAGCUAACUAAUGCCACCAAAUGUCCUGUUAGCAGCAAGAGUGAACAUAAGAGUCUUCAUGCACUGCAGCAUGUGAGGAUCUGAACACUCAGUGGAUUACUGAUGGUCCCCACAACUACAGAAAAUCCUUAGUGUUAGCAUGUAAUGUAGCUAACAUUAGCUUUGUCUCCAGAGGUCUGGAUACUAACAGACAUUCUUAGAUGUGUGGAUGCAGGCAGUACCCAUGUAUCUUGGACAUGGUGAUUUUCAUCACAUCUUCCUGAAUUUUGACUUCAUCUGCCAGUCUGCAGGGAUUUGGAAUGAGUGCUGGAUCACAGAGAUGCACCCAUAUGUCAGUCAUUGAUAUGGGCACAGAGGUCCACCUGCUGCUGGUACCGUCACUUAUCAAACUAUUAGAUUCACAACAGUACAGUUCCAUAAUACAAAGUCACAGUAAUUUAAUAGUGUUAUUCUUUUGUUCUUCCUGCUCAGAAUAGAUCU